UCGUCCGGUUUCGGCUAGACUGUUAUACUGUUAUUUUCCAUCCCACAGUUUUAUCCAGAGCAUUCUGAGUUGUACACACACCUGGACUGUGACAACAUGCUGGCUGUUCUCUUCAUCCUGGGGAUGCUUUGUCCCCUGAACUCUGCAGAAAUACCAAUUAAAUUGCUGGAUCCUACAAAUGACGGUGUGGUGGCAAAUGUAUUCCCAAAUGCUUUUCUGCUGAGGUGGCCUGACUGCACUCUUUACGGAAACAGGAGUGCUGGACUGGUGUACACGGAACUGCCAACGAAUGAUAACAAAACACAGAUUUUCACCGUUCCAUCUUGUACUGCCAGUCUGCCAGGGCUCCUUCUGCAAAACCUCAAAAAUGGAACAACAUACAUAAUGGAGUACAAAAUUGAAGGCACAAAUCAGACAAGCGCAAACUUGACUGCGACGACUACCAACGCUCUUGCUUACGAGCAGAUAGACAGUGGUCUUGAAAGGCGCAGCGGAGCCAUGGUGGUCAUCACCGUCAUUCUGUCUCUGGCUAUGGUGAUUCUCCUCGUUGGCCUCAUUAUUAGCAUCUUCUUCUCCUAGGCUGAACACAAUGCACUUCAACAAUAUAUAUGCUGUCUGUUUCAUUUCAAAAUGAACUCAGACAUAUUUCAGAUUCUUUGAGAGAUGACUUUCUUUUACUUUAAGUCAAUACAAAUAACAAUGUGUCUAUAUUGUAACAGGGAAUUACACAAAUGUAUAUAUUUUAAAAUUUCAAACUGAAUUUUAAAAAAUUGUGGUGUACUGCAUUUCAAAAUAAAUUCCGUUC